AGAGGGGGAGCAGCCGCCGCUGUGGUCGCAUUAAAAACUGCAUCGCCCUUUGUGACAACUGUAGAUCAGUGAGCCAUCAGCUCCCGUCUCGCCCUUGUUUCGGGGACUUGUAGUUUUUAGUGUAAAGAACGCCGGCGCGUGGUAGAGACCCUCCGUGAGAGUAAAACUACAGUUCCCUCGUAGCUACUCGGAGGUGUUGGUUGUCAAUAUGGCUGUUGUCAGACAGACAAAGCAGAGAGGCAAAUAAUUCGCUUCUGAUUAGAAAUCCUUGGAAAGGGGUCGGACAGGGCACUGUAGUCAUAUUGCGUUAUUGGUCGGCCGCAGUAAAAGACGCCGCGGGUCUUUGCUCAAGUUGCCAAGGUUAAAUGGUUAAGUGGACGAUUUGAACCGAGGUAAGUCGUGUACUUAGAGAAAUACAACAGUGAAAGUGAUGUUAUUAAUAUCAAACGCCCGCUAGCCAGCGGCGGCGGCUAACAUCAGCUAGUAUCAGCGUUGGCACGGCUAGCAUGUUAUGCUAAUCGUUCCACAGCGCGAGCGCUAGCGACAUAGCAUAUGUUACGUUUCCAGCCGUCCUCUGUGAUGCCCGGUGUCGUCGGUAUACACUCAGCGCUGGCAAUGACGGGAAUCAUUCUGGGUUUUUAGAGGGUUGCGAGCUGGCUAAUGUAACGUUACGCAGGGCACUGCCCGUCCGUCACAGACACGCCUGCUAACGCUAGCUUUUGGGCAAAGGGCGUGAAAGCAUCAGCCGGUGGCUCUCCCGCAGCGUCGAGACGAGCGACGGAUUCGCGCUCUCCUCGCGGGGCCCACGGUCCUCAGCAAAACAAACACACAUGGACGGGGGAGAGGUGCCAUGAGCUGUGGUCAAUGUUGGGACAAUUUAGGAAACGAGUUAGCUUUACACUGGGAGUAUCUGAUACAUCAUGCACGCGCCCUGUAUUUAGCAGCAGGAUGUCUGAGUUCAGCGAGGAGCCGCGCUUCACCAUCGAGCAGAUAGAUCUGCUGCAGCGGCUGCGUCGCAGCGGCAUGAGCAAGCAGGAGAUCCUGCACGCGCUCGACACUCUGGACCGGCUGGACCGGGAGCACGGCGACAAGUUCGGCCGCCGCACCUCUUCUUCCUCCUCCUCCUCGUCCUGCUACGGAGUAGGCGGGGCAAACGGCUGCGCCAACAACUCCGCUUCGAAUGCCAACAACAGCAACACUGCCUCGGCGCCCACCACCACCUCCUCCUCCGUGACGUGCAACGGAGGUGAGGGCGUCGCCGGCGAUCACUCGGCGGCAGCCACCUCCUCCUCCUCAUCCAAAAUCUCCACCGCCACACAGACGCAGUUUGGCAGCGGAGGUGGGCUCUCGCCGUCCCCUAGCAACAGCUACGACACAUCCCCGCCUCCGGGCCCUCCGCCGCCGUCCGCCGUCCUGCCCUCACCGGUCUCACUGGUGGCUCUGUCGCAGAACGGCCGGGACAGCCUGGCUGCCACGCCCAACGGUAAGCUGUCUCCGCCCAGAUACCCGGUGAACAGCGCGGCGGCAGCGCGAGCAUUCGGGUUUGAAGCGACAGAGGAGGACCUGGAUAUUGACGACAAGGUGGAGGAGCUGAUGAGGAGGGACAGCAGCUUGGUGAAAGAGGAGAUCAAGGCGUUCCUGGGGAACAGGAGGAUCUCUCAGGCCGUGGUGGCACAAGUUACCGGCAUCAGCCAGAGCAGGAUCUCCCAUUGGCUGCUGCAGCACGGCUCCGACCUGAGCGAGCAGAAGAAGAGGGCCUUCUACCGCUGGUACACGCUGGAGAAGACCACACCAGGUGCCACUCUAAACAUGCGGCCAGCUCCGUUACCUCUGGAGGAAAUGGAGUGGAGGCAAACCCCGCCCCCCAUCACCACCGCCCCCGGGACCUUCCGGCUGCGUCGCGGAAGUCGCUUCACUUGGAGAAAAGAGUGCCUGGCAGUGAUGGAGAGCUACUUCAACGACAACCAGUACCCAGAUGAGGCCAAGCGGGAGGAGAUAGCAAACGCCUGCAAUGCUGUCAUUCAGAAGCCAGGGAAGAAGCUGUCUGAUCUGGAGAGGGUGACCUCCCUGAAAGUUUACAACUGGUUCGCCAACCGCCGCAAAGAGAUCAAGAGACGCGCAAACAUCGAAGCCACAAUCCUGGAGAGUCACGGGAUAGACGUCCAGAGUCCAGGGGGACACUCCAACAGCGACGACAUCGAUGGGAACGACUUCUCAGAGCAGGCAUGUGACCUGCCCUAUUUUGACAAGAGACCUCUCAGUCGACCUUUUGGCCUUUACCGACUGGAGCCCACCUCGCCAACACAGGAGGACAGCGCGGCACACAGCGAGCACCAGGACCCCAUCUCUCUGGCCGUGGAGAUGGCCGCCGUCAACCACACCAUCCUGGCCCUGUCCAGAACCGGAGGGGCCCCGAACGACAUCAAGACCGAGUCCCUGGAGGACGAAUGAACUGCGCGGGGGGAAACAAGGUUGGGGGGGGGACAGACACAGAGUCGAGA